CGCGGUAGCGGACCUCUGCUUUGAGUCUAGUUCUUGAGCGUAAAGACGGUUUACUCGAGAGAAGUCUUGUAUCAGGUGUUCAUCCAAACGAAUACAUAUUGUCUCAUGUCUUGACUCAGACAAUGGUUGUCAUACUUCAGACAUUUUCAGUACUUAUGAUCGCAUUUCUAAUCUUUGAGAUUCCAAACCGGGGCUCAAUAUUAUGGGUCUCAGUACUGAUUGUCAUGCAAGGGGUGUGUGGUAUGGCUUACGGCAUACUAAUCUCUGCCAUCACUAAAGAAGAAAACUUUACGUUAAUCCUAUGCAUGGGUUCAAUGUUUCCACAAUUCCUUCUGAGCGGUGUGGUGUGGCCGGUCGAGACAAUGCCAAAGAUAUUGAUAUUCAUAAGUACCGCAAAGAGUAUAGAAGCGGUUCGCUAUAUGUUGUACAGGGGCUGGGGUUUAGACCAUUUCGAAGUGUAUUUAGGUUUCAUAAUAUCCAGUUCAUGGUGA